GGUCCUGAAGGCUCGUGCUCCUCUGAAGGAGCAACUCCUGACCGAAAUCGCUUCUGUGGUUGGUUCGACGAGUGUGGGGAGCCGUAUCUUCAUCCCCAGCCUUUCUCGGCCCGGAUUUCAUUGCAGCGAUUUUUCCCCAUCACGGGUGAGAACGAGAUAUGAAUGAGACGCCCAGCCGCCCUCCGGAGGGCACCACGACGAAGGCAGUGAAGGACAAGAGUUGUCCGUACUGCCACCAGGCUUUCACUUCCUCAUCUUUAGGUCGCCAUCUCGACCUUUAUAUCCGAGAAAAAAAUCCAAAGCCCCCGGAUGGCGUGCACGACGUGGAAGCCAUACGGAAGCUAAGGCAAAAUAUCACACGUCGGCAGCCCAAGGGCUCCGCAUCCCGACGGGUUUCGUCGGCUGCUGUAGGAACACCGACGACGGCAUCACGGAGAAGCCCGGCCUCUGGGGAUGCCGGUCGAUCGGUUACGAGGUCCCCGAAUUCUUCAAAGGGUGAUUUGCAAGCCGGGGCUGCUUCUGGGAGCCAGUACUACCCGUUCAAACACCGCUGGGAAGACACUGGGGUCAUUAAUGACCUCGCCGUGCGAGACGGCGUAGCAAGAGGCGAGGCGGAGGGGAAGGCUGCCGCACAACAGCUACCGAGACGUGAGCCGUCUCAGCGUUCAGCAGCUCGACAAAUGCUCAAGCAGCAGCUGGAGAUGAGACAGCAGAUUCAGGACGCUGAAGAUCGGUCGAGGGCGGCAGAGUUGGCUUUGAGAGAGCUGCUCGGCUCGUUGAGGGCGGCCAAGCGACAGAUCGACAUUGGCUCGACGCCCUUCGACUUUGACCCGUUCUCGCUCGACUUUCCAGCGCUGACACUGCAGUGCCUCGACCCUCCGCCGACUCUCUUCGCCUCGACGCAGCACCCGACGUCCACCUCGUGGUCCAUCUUGCCCCCGGGCCACGCUCAGCUCGAAGCUCUGUAUGCUUACUUUCGCGAAGAAUUUCGGCGGUGGAAGAUUGCGUGCGCGGCGGCAACAACUGCCCUCAGCGAGGAGUUGACGUACCCCCCGCCCCUAGACGCGGUCAGGGCAGAUCCCAAGGCCGAGGUGCGCAAGGCGGAGAAGUCGGCCGAGCAGAUGGAAAAGCACGUUUACGAUCACCUGGAGGCUACGUACGCGAUCUGGGACGCCCUCGCACAGGACCAGCGCGAGCAGCUCUGGAGGCUGGAGCUGGCACGCGGGGUGGGAAGGAGGCGGCGGGAGGUGGACAAGCUGAAGGAAGGACAACACCUCCUGCGGCAAGAGGUUGCGGUACUAAAGAGCCAAAUCGAGCAACUGACUCGCCUACAACAACCGCGAGAGUUCAAGAUCGCGCCACCACCGACCCUCUACAUCGACGAGAAGUUCUUGACACACUUGCAAGAAGAGGCGAUGCGAAACGGGAAGCAUUUCGUCGGCCUGAGUCUUUCCGACCGCGGCUCGGACCUGAAUACGGUUGUCUCGUCGGUGAUCGACCGGUGGAAGAGCGUGAUUGUGUCCGCCCGCUCGGCAGCCAGCGGUCUCCAGACACAGCGGACUCUUAGCCCGGGAGCGGCAGGGCCGAGUCCACGGGGAUCAACCUGCGAUAAAUCUACUCCGAACAAGCAGGAUGGGCUGCAGAUGCCACAACAGUCUUCCAUUUGUCGAGAUCGCCCUCGACCGCAACAGCUCUCUACGGCUUGCACUCACGGAACGAGCUACCAGGUCUCGGCCACGUCGCCGAACGCAGCGUCCAUGCCAACGCUGCCGGAAACACCGGCCGUCCCUAGCACAACCCCUUCGAUAAAUAUUCACGCAGACGACGACGAAGACGAAGAGAUGAGUGACCGAGAUGCUGAGUUAGCCGGUGAGCCGCGGCCGAACCAAAACGAUCGGCGUGACGCAGAAGGAAAUCCAACCGGUGUUUCCGAUGUCGAUGCUGAUGCGGACGUUGAUGCUGAUGCGGAUGCCGAUGCGGAUGCGGAUGCCGAUGCCGACGCCGACGCCGACAUCGACGCGGAUGCGGAUGCGGAUGCGGAUGCAGAUGCAGAUGCAGAUGCAGAUGCAGACGCCGACGCCGACGCCGACGCUGAUGCCGACAUGGAUGACAACCCUGGCGGCUACACCGAAUUUCAGGCUCAGCAGCCGCUUCAGCGGCAGCAACAGCUCCACCCCGUUGUGCCCGUGCCAGCACCGUCACAACAAACCGGGCAACUAGGAGUGGCGCGGACACGUGCACAGUUGGGGGGCGGGAAGAGGAGUAACACCGACGAUGGCACGUCUGGCCAUAUGGUGACAGAUCAGAUACCAGAAAGUGUACGAGGUCGAAUGCCGAGCUGGGCUUGAUCUAUAUCUAGCACCCUUUGUGUACGCACCCAUCUAGGCCUGGGUGAAGGAGUCGAUCCCCUCAGUUUGCGGUGGUCUUACUUUAACACCAGCGCGCCGACUCUGGGGGAUCGUGGACGCAUGCCGAUAUCCCAAUAGUACAUAGGAUCUAGGAGAAAGCCCUAGAGAUUGACUUACAUCCGUUUAAUCUUCAAAUUGUUCCCCCCCCCCCCC